UGCCGGCUUUUUUCUUGUUUUAGUCGAUUCUGUAAACUCUAUUUCAUAUGUUACAAAACACUUAAAAGUGUUUGCCAUGGAUUUUUUUAAUGAUAUAAAUAAUAUGAAAAAAUGCAUUGUUGAGAACGCUGAGUACAUGAAAUCAUUCGAAGGUACUGGAGAUAAACUGCGAGAUGAGCUUAAAAAGUUCAACGAUGAAAUACUUGAAAAGCGUUUGGAAAUGGGCGAAACUUUAAUUCGCUUGAAAACCAAACAGAAACGUCUUGAUCAAAUCUUAGAAAUGGCCGCCAAUGACAGCGAUACACUGCAACAAUUUGAAAAGAAAUAUGCCGACUUAAAUGCAGCUGAAGAAAAGAAACGUUCUAAUGUCAAGCUAACGUCUGAGUACAAAGAGUUUAAGGAUGAAUUAGUUGGUAACUUAAACGCUUCAACCGCCAGCGGUUCCAAUAGUAAUGUGGAAGCUGAAAUUAUGGAAAUCAUGGAAUCCGGUAACACGGCUUGUUCAAUGUAUGAUCCAUGGACCAAGGGACUCAUGUUGAAUCCCGUGCGAAACAUCAAGUGUGGUCAUCACUACGAUCGGGAUUCUGUCAUGUCUGUCAUUAAGAAUAACAUGAGCGUACGUUGUCCAGUUGUUGGCUGUGUAACCAAAAUCUACAUACAACCGAACCAUCUUCAAGCCGAUCUGACAUUGCAGCAAAAGAUCAAUGAACAUAAAGCCGAUCAGGCAGCCCUUUUAUCCUCCGAAGAUGAAGAUUAACAAAACAAAUUCCAUUUUAACAAAAUGGCUGUGAAAUAAUAAUAUUUAAAAAUUAAAAUAAAAAAAUUCAAUCGCAGAGUUUCUUAGCUCACACAAUGUCGAGGUCAAAACAACCUAUAA